AUGAUACCCCCCGCAGACUCCCUGCUCAAAUACGACACCCCGGUGUUGGUGAGCCGGAACACAGAAAAACGGAGCCCCAAGGCUCGGCCACUGAAGGUCACCGUCCAGCAGCCUGGACCCUCUGGUACAGGCCCACAGCCAUCCAAGGCCAAGCUGCCCUCAACUUCCUGUGUCCCAGAUCCUACCAAACAGGCAGAAGAAAUCUUGAAUGCCAUCCUGCCUCCAAGAGAAUGGGUAGAAGACACACAGCUAUGGAUCCAGCAGGUGUCCAGCACACCCAGCACCAGAAUGGAUGUGGUCCAUCUCCAGGAGCAGCUGGACCUGAAGCUGCAGCAGAGGCAGGCCAGGGAGACGGGCAUCUGCCCUGUACGCAGGGAACUGUACUCCCAGUGUUUUGAUGAGCUGAUCCGGGAGGUCACCAUCAAUUGUGCAGAGAGAGGGCUGCUGUUGUUGCGUGUCCGGGAUGAGAUCCGCAUGACCAUCGCUGCCUACCAGACUCUGUAUGAGAGCAGUGUGGCAUUUGGCAUGAGGAAGGCACUGCAGGCCGAACAGGGGAAGUCAGACAUGGAGAGGAAAAUUACAGAAUUGGAGACAGAAAAGAGAGACUUGGAGAGGCAAGUGAAUGAGCAGAAGGCGAAAUGCGAGGCCACCGAGAAGCGGGAGAGCGAGAGGCGACAGGUGGAGGAGAAGAAGCACAAUGAGGAGAUCCAGUUCCUGAAACGGACCAAUCAGCAACUGAAGGCCCAACUGGAAGGCAUUAUCGCACCGAAGAAGUGAUAAUUUGGGUCUCAGCAGGCCCCUUGCCCCAUAAGCUCAUUGAAAUAAAAAGCCAGUUUCCCGAGCCAACAAGCCAUCCCCUCCCCGGUCACCACUCAUGUAACAAUAUGUUAGAACUGUUGUCCCAGAGUCAUGAAACACUUGAUAGAGUCAUGAAACACUUAAGGUCUGGCAGCCAGGGUCCUGGCUGGGCAAUGGAAGGUGGUGGAACCCUGUGUCCAUGUGCAGCUUAUAAACUGGCCUAGAGCUCUGUCAUGUCACUAACUUAGGGAGCAAGUGUUUCCCCAAAGAGAGAUUACCUUUGCACCAAGUUUAGUUCCCAGCUCAACUUGUACCUUGGGCUUCUCUGGCCCCACCCUUCCAUGUCACCUCUCUAGUGUAAGCUUCAGCUUAGUUUGGGACUAUAUCCUCUCAUUCCCACCCGCUGAGUCAGCAGGACCCUGUCCUUAGUCUUCCUCGCUCCAGGAAGAAACAGCAGCAGAGUCAAAGCCAUGCUCACUAAGAGGUAUAAAGUCCCUGUGUCUUGAGAGCUGUCUGCACCCCAGGUCCUCACCACACCAUUUGAAUACCUUCUGCUGGACAGCAAAGCCUGACUCCACACUCCAUAACUAGCUAUUAAUGAACAGCUAAGAAGGUAGCCACAUCUCACACGUAGUUCCAGACAAAUUAUGGACUGAAGGCAGAUUUGUAGACGCAGAAGACUUAAAUUACAGACAAAUCUCCAUUGGGGGAAAGCCCAUGGUGGGAGAAGAGAUUGAGCUUGGUGACACCCAUCAUUCAGUCAAGAACUGUUCUUAAGCUGGCACUAACAUUUCCUUCCAAUUGGUAGGAAUGCCUCAAGUCCACAGUAGUCCUGAGGGGGGGGCCAGAAGGGGUUCACUCUUUGGCAGCUCUGACCUCCAUCCCAGUCUAAUCUUACUGCAAGGCCUAUGAACCCCAAGAGCUGUUCUGAGUUGACUAUAUCCCAACACUGACUUUAUACUAAAAGUCACAUCUUGGACCUUCACCCAGUAUCCUGAGGAAUUAGGUCUCUACUAGCACAACCUGCCUGUGACACCAUGUUCCUGGAACAGCACUGUCCCUGUGGUGUGCUGGCUUUGUGGGCGGUGCAGGAAAGCAUCUGUACCCUAACAAGCUGAUGUUGCUGGAGCACUCCUGCCUCCAAGCCUCACCUGACUGUCUCUGAAACACUGUGCUUCACAGCUUUGUAAACCCCUGCCCCAGUGCUGCUCAGGAGUGUAAGAGAAACACGCAUGUCUGUAGACACACGCUAGAGGGUCACACACUGGAGGAACUAAGGGCCAGGUCAAGUGUUUGAAAAACUCUGGGGCUGAGGACUUCCUGUUGCCACAGAACAGGGGUAUGCCCUUA